AUGACGCACAGCAGGAGGCCCAGCAGGAGGCCCAGCAGGAGUCCCAGCAGGAGGCCCAGCAGGAGGCCCAGCAGGAGGCCCAGCAGGAGGCCCAGCAGGAGGCCCAGCAGGAGUCCCAGCAGGAGGCCCAGCAGGAGGCCCAGCAGGAGGCCCUGCAGGAGGCCAAAGCAGGAGGCCCAGCAGCAGGCCCAGCAGGAGGCCCAGCAGCAGGCCCAGCAGGAGGCCCAGCAGGAGGCCCAGCAGGAGGCCCAGCAGGAGGCCCAGCAGGAGGCGCAGCAGGAGGCCAAAGCAGAAACACAACAGUAA